UCGAGUCUGUGUCUCUUGCCGAGAGACGUGCCUGUAGUCACAGGGUUUAUUUAACACGUAGUCAAAACCCACCUCAGCGCUCACACAUUCAGCCGGGCGUGGAGCCUCCCUAGACAUACAUAGACUACUACCGAGUCCGGACCUCAGGGUGACAACGCUGCACCGUGCUCAACUCCAGCUCACAGCGGGAACACAAAUACACUGGAUAAUAGGAGAUACUUUUUGAUUCGUUUAUUUUUAUUUUUAUGAGACUUUUUCUCGUUUUGAGGCGCGAUUGCAGAAACACGUUUGGAACGAUUUGAAGGCUUUUUGAAGUUAUUUAUUCGGGUUUUGCAGUUAAACGACAUGGAGAGGAUUACUAGUGCGCAACCACCUCCCUGUGUACCAAAACACCCAUCACUGGAUAUAGCAGACAUGCCGGGAAAUUUUCCCAUCUAUGUGUACAAACCCAGGAGGGGCAUGAAGCGCGGGGAUGAAAGCAAGGAGACAUACAAGUUGCCACACCGACUGAUCGAAAAGAAAAGACGUGACAGAAUCAACGAAUGCAUUGCCCAGCUGAAGGAUUUGUUGCCAGAACAUCUUAAGCUUACAACGCUGGGUCAUUUGGAGAAAGCCGUGGUGCUGGAACUCACUCUCAAGCAUGUGAAAGCCCUGAGUGCUCUCCUGGAGCAACAGCAACAGAAAAUUAUCGCUCUGCAGAAGGACCUGCAAAUAAGUGAUCAUGGAGGUGAUGGUGCGGAGAACAGCGAGGAGAUGUUCCGCUCCGGCUUUCACUUGUGUGCAAAAGAGGUCCUCCACUAUCUGGCCAGCCAAGAAAGCAGGAGGGACCUGAGCCCUUCCAAUGUUAUCAGCCACAUCCAUAAAGUAGCAGCUGAGGUCCUGCAGCAUCAAAGCAGCCUACACCCAGAAGAGUCCAUCCCUCAAGCUUCAGAGAAACUGGAAAAACCCGCUGGACAGCCACUGAGGGCCUCUGAGGGCCCCGCUAAGAACUGUGUUCCUGUUAUUCAAAGGACUUACCCCCAUGGGACAGGGGAGCAAAGCGGCAGUGACACAGACACUGACAGCGGGUAUGGGGGAGAACACGACAAGCGUGAUCCCAAAACCCAGUGGUCAGAAAGACAUGCAAGGGAGGGGGAGCUCAAGCAUUCCCUGUCUGAGCACACUGCCGGCGCCAUCAAGCAGGAGGGUGAUGAGCCUCGAGCCAAGAAGUCAAGGUCUGACUCCUCAGAGGAUGAGAUUCUCUCCACUCACGGGGCAGGAGGCUCUGGCAGCUACAUCAGCUUCUCAUCCAACCAGCCCCCGUUUUGCCUCCCCUUCUACCUCAUACCCCCCGCCGCUGCAGCGGCCGCAGCGUAUCUGCCCAUGCUGGAGAAAUGCUGGUACCCCGGGGGCAUGCCAGUUAUGUACCCAGGCAUGAGUGGCUCUGCAGUGAGCUUGCCCUCAGAGACUCUUCCCUCAUCCCUGGUGAUGUCUCCAAGAGCAGGGUCCCCGGUUCCCCAUCACACCGCCAUGGACUCCCCUGCUCUUCACAAAGCUUUAAAGCAGGUCCCCCCUUUGAACUUGGAAACCAAAGACUAAACAGACGUGUUUCUGUUGGAAGCUUGCCCUCCGAAUGUUGAACAGGGUUAGAUGGUUGACCCGCUGAAAAGACUUAAAACAAACAAACGCACUGGUCUCCCUACAAACCACAGCCAUUGUUUGUCCCAUCAGAACACUGACCCCAGCAAAGAACCCCAAACAGUCACCACCAUAUAUCAUCAGCUUCUAUCACUUUGAAAUGGGACUUUUGGGGGAAAACCUGCAGUGUCCAUGCAAAGGCUCAUAUAUUACCUUUUACAUGGUUGGGAAGAUGGUCAGUUUAAAGGCGAUGAGUCGUUUUUUUUUUUUUUUUAGCAUGGUCCGUGUUCUCCGUGCUCAUUGUUGAAUGUCAGAGGUAAACCCAGAAUGUAAGGCGCAGAUCCCCCCCAACCUCACCUCCCUCAAAAAAAUUAUUUGGACCUACUUUUUUGCACACACACCAGUCUGUAAUGAAUGUAAAGAUUGAACAAAAGCCCCUUGUAGAUGCUGCUCUAAUUGUUAUUACCUGCUGUAGAUCUGUGAACAGAGGAUCUACCUUCAGUGUUUGUCGCUCCUGUAACUGCAACGAAAACAUUGUUUAGACUAGAAUGUUACCAAAAAACAAAAAAAAAUGUUUGGCUCACAACAAGAGACAUUUACUUCUUUCACCCUUCAGUUACUUUGGAGCUAAAUGAACACAAGUGUUUGUGAUGUUCAAAGAAUUCAGGGCGUUGUCGUGCGAGGUGUGUCACUCAUGUCUGUUGAGGAGUGAAGUGGCCAUACGUGCUUUUAAGAUUUAAUUUGUGAGUCAUGACUAUUUGUGCAUCUAGAUGGAGAUCCUGUGAAGUAAUGUCUUGUAAUAAUUUUUGUUUAUACUACUCAUACAUCUCUAUUUUUGAUACGUGACCCGCUGAGUGUAUUUGCAUCGCUACCAGAGGAAGGUUGACAUAGUGUUUCGCUGUACGCCUGUAAAGGUGUACAGUAUAUCGCAUCGUGCUCAGCCCGAUUUGCAUCUUGCCCAAAAAUUCCCGGUCAAGUUAAGGCCUGAUCUUAGCUCAUGCUGUUGCCUUUACUCGUUUAACGCAGACACAACGACGGCAGGUGUUUAAAUGUAUUUGCUUUAAAUGUUGUGUCUGUGGCAAAGAGAGUGAAUGUAAACUUCAAACAAAAAUAAUAGUUUUGUAUAGACAGAGGUACUUGGGAUUUUUAUUUUGAAAUGUAACACAAGGUUGUUUGUUGUACAUAUUUUGUAUAUAAAGUAUUAUUGAUAUAUAUUAAAAUAUUAAUAAAGCUUUC